CUGUUUUCUCUCCAGUCGCCAUGGAGAAGAUAGCUGUACGACUGUAACUCUCUAACUACCGCGACUUCUUCACAGCGAAGUGAACCAGUCAUUCUCCCACGAAUCAAACAAGACUCUCUCUGGUGGUAGGGUUUUAGAGUGGACUGCAAAACCCAAAACCUAAUCUCCUGCUCCCUGUGUCUCUGCGAUAAUCGAGAGGUAACCCACCCCGCAAAUCCCUUCUUCUACAUUUCAUCUCUGGCCUCCCCCGUCUGUUUUUCAUUGGAGUUAUAGGAAAUCGCCGGCGGCGUGGGGCUUGUUUAUCAUUGGAGCUCUGGAAACUUUCCUGAAUGGGUUUUUAGGCAACUUUAGCCGUCAUGUUCGUCAUAGUUAGGAUGACUUGAAUUCAGUUGGCGGAUCAUCGAUGAAAUUCAUUUGCACUUGCAUCCCGAAAAGAGUUCAUAUGCAUUGCGGCAGUGGAAGUUCUUCCUGUAAAGCCUGGCAUUUUGCAAUUCAUGGUUGCAAACCUCAUCAAACUUCAAGAAGCUUUGACUUGGCAUAUAGUAUCAUGCAUGCUAUAAAGGGCAGUUGGGUUGGCCAGACGUUCGCCCUGUCCAAAUCUAAUGAGUCUGGAGGGAGGAAGUCUCGCAUCCGCCGUUCAAAGGAUGAAAGGAAGGGAAUGGUAGAAUUGUUUAUAAAGAAGUAUCAGAGUUUAAACAAUGGGAACUUUCCUUCUCUUAACCUCACCCACAAGGAAGUUGGUGGGUCAUUCUAUACUGUCCGUGAGAUUGUUCGGGAAAUCAUCCAAGAAAAUCGUGUGUUGGGUCCUGCUAAGUUUUUGCCUGAAGAGCAAGACUUUCAUGAGUGGUCAGAGCAGUAUCCCCUGGGCACAAUAUCCUCCAAACCUCGUUCUUCUCCAGCUUUGACACCUGAUGAAACUACAGUACAAUCUGAUCAACGUCCUAGUUCACAUGAAGAAUUUUCUCUCAGUUCUCAUGGGCUUGCUGAAACCCAUGAUGACAAUGCUGAAACUGGACAAAUCCUCAAUGCAAGUUUUGUAGCUGUCGGGAACACAGAAUCUGAUAAGCAGGUGGUCAACGAGUUUCAAGAAACCCAUAAUGAAGUGGCUCCAAUUGAAGACAUAUCUGUACCAACUGAUGCUUCAAUAGACAAUAACGGUACCGAAACAAUAUCUUCUGGGGUCCAAGCAGCCGGAUCACUAGGAAACAGGCCAGUUUCCAAUGUAGUAGGGGAUGCGAUCCAGGACACUCUACCGUUGGAAGUUAAAGGAUCGCAUGAACAAAUGAAAGCAGCUGUGCAAGUUCAAGCUAUAGAAACAGAGAAAACUGCCAGUGUGUCCGAUGCAGUGGUAGAAAGCCUUGCCUUAGAAGUAGAAGAAUCCGACCGAGGGAUGCCAGGAGAAGUUCAAAUGAUGGAAACAGAGAAAAGUGUUGAAGAAGUCGCUGAUGCAGUCUUACUUAGCCCUUCCUUAGAAGUUGAAGAAUUCAAGGAACAAACCAAGGCUGAACUCCAGGUGAAGGAACCAGGGAAAAGUACCAAUGAAGUGGGAUCAUCUAGGGCAAAAAUCUUUGAAAUAGAAGAUGUCGUGGUGGAAACAUUUCCUUUACCCACUGUUUCAAGAAUUGAUGGCAAUGGGAACUCUGUUGCCAUAAAUGGUUCGAUUAGAACAUCGAAAGAAAAUAAUGAUGUGAAGGUGGACUUGGGGUCAAGACAAAAUCGUUCCAGUUCACCGAGAAUGGGCUCUUUAGAGCAUUCUGUUGCUGGAGAUGAUAAAAAUGACGAUCAAAACAGUUCUUUGUUGGAAAGGAAAUCCAUUGCAGUAAACGAAUUAGAGAGUAAAAGUUCAGUUGCUGCAUCAGUGGUUGGAUCUGAUCUAAAUACUGUCAAAAAAGGCAUCAUGCAUGAUAGUCAACUUGGUGUUGACGUGAAACCAAAGUUAUCAAAUGAUCAGGCAUCAAGUGUCAUGAACCGAGGCAAAAACGCAUCUCCAAAUGCAACUUCUGCUAGUCCCGGUUCCCGCCAGGGGUCAGAUAUCCAGGCCAGCGUUUCAGGCAACAAAGCAAAUGACGGGAGAAGCAAAAGUUCCCAAAAAAGAGGUGAUCCAACACUAGACAGAAUAAACAUCAGGUCAUGGCAACGGUCGUCUAGGAGGAUUCCUUCACAGGCGGAAACCAACCCGCUUUGGUCUGCUUUUCAAGCAUUCGUCUCCGCCUUUGUUAAAUUCUGGUCAGAAUAGUAAUGGUGUCCUCCUAUGGCUGUGGUGUAGAUGGUAGUUGGGUUUCGCCCCGUUUUAGUCUCCUGACUUCAUUUUGGUUGAACGGUUUGGCUUUCUGGAGGUUGUUAAUGGUAGAGAGAGUUGCCCUUUCUGGUUCUGCAACUUCUGCUGCUGGUUUGAAAGAGUGCGAUUGUCUGUAUGCUUGUCAAGUGAUCUGGUCCACUGUUCUAUCGAUGAUGAUGGUGAUGAACACUCUGGCUAUUUUUCAUUUCAGUUUUAGCCACCGGUUUUGGUCUUCUAGUUUUGUGAGUAUUAUCCUGUUGAGAAGAAACAUGCAUUUCCGAAUGGAUUUGCACAAGUUGGGCCGAAAAGAGAAAGGAAAACAGGCCCAAGCACUGGUGUAAGCCAAGCGACAUGGUUUAACGUCUGGCCCAUUAGAUCAAAGCCCAAAAUCGAGCCAGAUGAGGUACCACAGGUUCAGGCCCAAUUGUAAUGUCCCAUUGUACUGUAACUGAAAAGGUAACGUGAAAGAUAAAUCAGUUUAGAAAAGCGUGACGAGAACUCCGAAACUGACUUUGGGAUUG